GUAUGAACCUCUAAAACAGAAACAGUGUGAGAUAAGUUGUCCAAAUUUCUCUAUAUUUUCAAUAUAUGUAAGAAAGAGCAAAGAGAAAAAAAAAAAAAAAAAAGAUUGACCAUAUAUGGUUAACAUUGGCCUAUCUAUGCUUUGCUUCGUUUCUGCAGGCAGCCAAUGCUCUCCAAACCAAAACUGCUAAACAGAAGGUGUGGAGAAAAAGAAAGAAACCAGCAUUUUCACCUUUCAUUUCGGAAUAAAAGCUGAUUUGCUUUUGAAUUUUUUUUGAAUUUUUUUUCGAGAUUUACAAGAAAGGGAAAAGAAAGUUGAAAUUAUAAAGUAAUAAGAAAAUGGUAGCUUUCUCAAUGGUUCCAUUUUUGGGCACAGUUCGAUCUACACCUUCUUUAACGAGUUUGGCACCUUACAAGCGCCAAAUAUCAAUACGAAUCUCUCCAGUUUCUUUUCCAAGGAAUGGGUUCUUUCCGUUCAGGAGGUUUCUUCAAGCUUGCCUUCAAUCUAGUUCUGCUACUAUGGAUACUAGAGAAAAGUUACCUGCAGAACAUUCCGAGAUCAUUUUUAUAGGGACAGGAACUAGCGAAGGCAUUCCUCGUGUUAGCUGCCUGACUGACCCUGUAAAGAAGUGCCUGGUUUGCAGCAAAGCAGCAGAGCCUGGUAACAUAAAUCGGAGACGUAAUACAAGCUUACUUAUUCGUUAUGGUAGGCCUUCUGGAAGAUGCAACAUUCUAAUAGAUGCUGGCAAGUUCUUCUACCACAGUGCUCUUCAAUGGUUUCCAGAAUUCGGGAUAAGAACAAUUGAUGCGGUUAUAAUUACACAUUCUCAUGCUGAUGCAAUUGGAGGUCUUGAUGAUCUACGUGACUGGACAAACAACGUGCAGCCAAACAUCUCAAUUUAUGUUGCUGAGCGCGAUUUUGAGGUGAUGAAAAAGACUCACUAUUAUUUGGUAGAUACAAGUGUGAUUAUACCUGGUGCUGCUGUCUCAAAGCUGCAAUUUAAUAUCAUACAAGAAGAACCUUUCAUCGUUCAUGAUUUACAGAUUACUCCUUUACCAGUGUGGCACGGCCGUGGUUAUCGCUCACUAGGUUUUCGUUUUGGUGAUAUUUGUUACAUCAGUGAUGUCAGUGAUAUACCUGAAGAAACUUAUCCUCUUCUGGGAAACUGCAAAAUCCUCAUUCUGGAUGCUUUGAGGCCUGAUCGAUCUUCAUCAACGCAUUUCGGACUUCCAAGGGCUUUAGAGGAAGUACGGAAGAUUAAGCCGAAGAGGACACUCUUUACUGGCAUGAUGCAUCUGAUGGACCAUGAAAAAGUGAGUGAAUACCUGGAAAACCUGAUGGAAACCGAGGGUCUUGAUAUACAACUCAGCUAUGACGGAUUGCGUAUACCGGUAUCACUCUAGCUUUGUAUGUUUAUCUGCCGUUGUUUUUUCGGUGAGAACAUGUUAUACCAUAAUCUGCAACUGAAAAGAUUCAAUGAGCUAACAUUAUAUAACAUAAUUCUUGGGGAGCAUUAUGCUGAUCCCCGUAUACUUAGAAUAAAUAGAA